AUGUCACAGGAAGAGUCAAAAGAAGCCCCACUGACGACUCAGCAAGUUGCCGAGUUUGGCAUGGAGCUGCAGCAGCUUCGCUCAAUCAAGGGACAUUGGGACGGUGGGGAAUACAACCAGGAUAUUGAUGGGUUUCAGGGCCGUAAGCAUGUGCUGUUGACGAUCCUGGGCAAAGAACUGGGAAAGCCUGGCACUCCUGCUGUCAAAAUAUUUGAGCUACUUGGACAGCCUGAUAAAAGUGAGGCUCUUGAUUCCAUGGUAACAUUUAUGCCUGGUCCCAAGGUUCCAAAGGGUACUACUACGGCUUCGCAGGCAUCAACCAACACCCUUGUUCUGGUAUAUAACUGGCGUAGCAAUCAUGAUUUUUUGUGGUUCAAGAUCGAUACGGUAACAGAAACAGUCCUGGAAAGUGGAUGGUGGAUGGCUAUGGAAUAA